ACUGUAUCCUUUGAUCCCGUGCCUUAUGCCAUUCCUCCCUGAACCAGGAAUGAAAAUUAAAGGCAGCGCUCUCGAGAAAUGUCAUUUGCCGCGUGCAGGUACUGACACUUGUGGCUUUCAAGUCUGCGGCCAGUUUUAAAAUAAUUAGUGUCUAAAGGCAGUUUGAUUGCCCAGGGUAGGGGGGAUUUAUAAACAUGAUAAUUGACAAAGAAUCACUGGAACACUUUUCAACGGUGUAUAUAUUAUAUAUAACGACUUGUGUAAGUAGAGUGUUGCUUGUGCAAUUCCAGCUGGUGUGUAUGUGCCAGGCUGCAUGGGCACGGCUCAAGACACUUCAACAGUCCUCCACACCUGCUUCCAUCGUUGUGAAGGUAUGUAUACCUUUUCGAGCUACCUGAGUACAUGCAGACUCUAUGAUGCAAGGUUUAACGUUUUGCACCUAUUUCUCUAGCUAUUAGUACCAUACAUUUGCUAUGGUAUCACUAGUACUUAGUAUAUAGGGAUGACACAGGUUGUCCUGCAUUAUGCCCAUACAUUUGAGAUUUUCAUAAUAAAUAGCACAGCAUACACAGAGAUUUACUGAGGUUUAUGAAACAAUUAUUACAGAUGCUGCACGUCUUGUAGAAUAGUUAUUGCGGCCUUUAAAUUGUGAACCUCAGUCCUUACGUGUUUCGCUGCUUUUGGCUGCUCCUGCCAGUCAAGUGUGGUGAGAAUGAACAUGAUCUCCCACAAAAUGACCGAAUUGGCCAAACAGAAACAGGCUCUUGAGUGCCGUAAAAUGAGAACCAGCACACUUGGAUAGAGUCAAGAGUACCGACUGCUCAAUGCAAAUGGACAAUGUAUCAGGUCGUGAGAGAUGAUCGGCCUUGUAACUCUAUACAUUAGCCGCAGAAACCAUUUCGCCCCCUGAUGCAGGAGAUUUCGGUGUGAAUAGUCUUUGCCUGUUGCUCUGCCAGUUUUAGCUCUGUUUAUUCAGCUUCAUGAAAUAUGGUGGCACGAUCAAUAUGUGUAUAUACACACAGGCCUGAUUAUCUGUGUUGGUUUCAAGUGUGCUUCGUUUUAUCCCGUAUACAGGUAACCAGGUGAAGAAUUUCUUCUCUCUGACUUUUGACUCUCUGCUAUUCUCUCUUGCUGCCUGUAAUGCUUAUGACGUGUGCCAGAAUUGUCCUAUAUAGUUCUGAAUGUUCCUUCAGGUGAUGCGAUGCGCAGUAGCUACGUUAUAUGGACGUUGAAUGCGCUCGCUUGCGCGCGCAGAAUAUUGAAGGCGCGCGUAACCGCGCAGGUAUAAAAUGCUACGAGAGAGCGGCGGAAAAGCAUUUUCUCAGUCAGGUGCUGUUUGUGUGAGAAGCGACAAUUCCCCGUACACUUGGCUCCUCUCUACUGGACCAACGAGCAACGAACCCCACUGAUUUCUGUACGAGAUGGCGCACCACUUUCUGAUAUGCCCGGCGCCCUUUCAGCACAAGUCCAAAAAGAAAGGGAAGAACCGCAAGGCCGACUUCGUUCUUCCGCCCGGCGUACAGAUGUUCGACCAGAUCGUACCGCGCAAGAUCAGCAACGUCUCCAUGACCCAGCAGUUGGAGGAGCCCAUUGUCCGCCAGACCGGCUCCGCAUCUGCGCUCGCGACGGCCUCCAUUUCGGGCGACCAGCACCAUCGCCAGAGAAGGAACGGCCAGCACCGAUUUCUGAACCCUCCCCACCACCACCCGCACCACCAUAAUCAUCACAGUCACACGCUCUCGCCGCGUCCCGUGGAGCACGACCAGCACAGCGCCGGAUCCACGAGCAACGACAGCGGCACUACGCACACCUCAGGCUACCAGAGCGGCUACCAGUCCGGGUACGCCACCGACGACGGGACUUUCGAGGGGAAAAUGCUCUGCAGGGCGUCCCGCGAGCGACCCGCCAACCUGCGCAUGACGGCCAUCCGCGACUACGCGCCGUGCUGCAACGAGGAGCUCCCGGUCCGCAAGGGACAGCGCGUGAAGGUCCUCUACAAGAACAACGACUGGGUGUACGCCCUCACGAAGUCCGGAGAAGCCGGCUACAUUCCGUACACUUACGUUCGGCCGUCGCGCAAGUACGCGGGCUACCAGAGCGAGCCAGAGGCGUACGAGACGGACGUCUACCAGAGCGGCUACGACACGGACGCGACGGUCAUGUCGACCAGGAGACGGCCACAAGGGUACUAUAGGGGGCAAGUAGGAGACAUGGCUCCUGCAUACAGCGUCCACACAGGAUUCAGUCCUCAACCGCCCCACGCAAGAAACCGACUGGGGAGCGGAUCGCCGCACGAUUCUAGGCGACCCCAGGUGAGCGGGUACACUUCCGCCAUAGAGUACAACCCAGCCGAGUCUUCGUACAGCCACAGUCGUCGCUAUCCGAGACCGGCACGGUCCCUCCACAACCUGGUGGACACCUCACGGGGCUCUUUGUCGCGGAGUCCCCGACCGACCGAGUGCAAGCCGGCCAUCGAUUCGUUUGAGAGGCAUUUCCUCGAGGAGCUGGUGGUGAUACACGAUUUCGAGGCAAAAGAGGAGGACGAGGUGUUUGUGGCAAAGGGGGAGAAGGUGAGAGUCCUGAAUGCGGAGGAUCCUCUGUGGCUGUGGAUUGAGACGACUCCCGGGGAUGAGGGCUUCGUCCCUCGGACUUGUCUCUCUCUCGGCAACCAUCCCUUACUUCAGGGAGUAAGGGCUCGCAGUGGGAGCCGACAGGAGGUCCGCGGAGGUCGACACGUCAGACGCUACUACCAAGACCACUCGGUCACCUCGCGACAGGCACGCGCCAAGCAACGAUUCCACGAACUCGCCCGUCUACGCAACCAGAACCCGGUGUGCAUGAGCAAAGAAGAAAUCAAGAGAAUUGGGUCGAAACUGAUCGUUCUGAUGGACUACACGGCAACAAAGGACGACGAACUCAACAUAGAGUUUGCCGAAGUCCUCGUUGCAGACGUGCUGAAGCAGACUGGGUCUGAGAGAAUCUGGGCCUAUUGUCCCAGGCUCGACGCAUGCGGCUACGUGCCCAUCAGUCUAGUGGUCCCUCCCGUAGUCUGAUCACUUCCGCCGGCUCUUCUCCUUCAUCCUGUUGGUGUGAUUGUUUCGUCGUGUGACACUGCAUUGUCUUCAUAAUCACCUGAACUCAUUUAUUUGAAAUCUGCUGGACGGACUGACUCACUGACAGACUUACAGACGGAUUCAACACGUGUAUAUACUCUUUUAAUUGCAAGGCUCUUGAACUUCCAGCGGCAAACGUUGGAUGUGGUCGGCCAUUUGGCAGAGUACACUCGGGAGCACAUUACAGACCCACUAGGACAGCACCACUUCCCAAAAGACCACAUGUGCAGACACACUGUCUCUGUACCACUCUUCUACUCAACACAUGCCGUUUGGCUUAUCUAUCCCCUCUCUCGUCCUUCUCAUGAUCUUCUCAAACUGCACACUAACUGAAAAGACAAGUCCUACCCACUACAAGACUGGCCUUCUAUUUGUCUAUUUCUCGAUACCGUCUCAUAUCAUGGUCUUAUAUCACUCCACGUGUAUAUUCAACCUGCAUUGUAUGUGUUCAGUACUUCUUUUGUCGACUUCUCAAUUUCCUUGUACUGCGUUGUCUGUAAUGUGCAUCCACUUAUUGUACCCCAUUCAAUUUGUAUCUCUCCCCCCCUCCCCUACCCUCACAAUUUGGAGACAAUAUUAUUAUCGAUCAUCGAAUGGGACUUUUGCACUUCACUGGUAUGUUUUGAGAUAAUUUAUGGAAAGUAUGUAUGUAUUCAUUGCGAUUUGUUAUAAUCAUAACAAUGAAAUCUCAAAAAUGGAGCAGGUGCUGCA